GACACACGACCUUGCCAGCUCAUCUGUCCAUCGUGGGCGUGGGGCAACAUUCACUCGAGCUACUUGGGGUCGAGGACUGCGCGGAAUAUAAGAGAACCGUCCCAUCUCAUCUCGUCGCCAUAGCUCACUGCUUUCUAGACAGCAGACGAAGAUGAUUGCUCAAGCGAGCGUUUUCAUCGCCAUCCUAGCAUCUCUUGCUGCCGAGGCAGCACCCUCCGGCAACAAAGAUGUGAUCAUCCAGCUUUUCGAGUGGAACUGGGACAGCAUCGCGUCAGAAUGCACCAACUUCAUCGGCCCGACGGGCUACGGCUUCGUCCAAGUAUCCCCGCCCCAAGAGGCCAUCCAAGGUGACCAGUGGUGGACCGACUACCAGCCCGUCUCCUACAACAUCACCUCCAAACGCGGAAACAGAGACCAGUUCCAGAACAUGGUUUCCACAUGUGCCACCGCUGGCGUGUCCGUCAUCGCCGACACCGUUCUCAACCAUAUGACCGCCGGCGGAGGCACAGGGACCGACGGCAACAGCUACACUCAGUUUGACUACGCUGCUGUUCCUUACACCUCGGACAACUUCCAUUAUUGUGGGACCACCAACAAUGCCAUUGAAGAUUGGAACAAUGAAACGCAGGUCUGGACUUGUGAGCUAGAGAACCUCGCCGAUCUUGCUACGGACACCCAAUAUGUCCAGCAAAUCGAGGCCAACUAUGUCAACGAUCUGCUCUCUCUUGGCGUCAAGGGUCUUCGUCUCGAUGCUGCCAAAGAUAUUGAUCCCGCAAACAUUGCUGCCAUCGCCGGAAUGUUCACUUCAAAGCCGUACAUCACCCAGGAGGUCAUCUGGGGUGACGGUCAGCCUGUGACGCCUCAGCUCUACACUGGCAACGGGGACGUCAUGGAGUUCCGCUACACCUCGGCACUACAAUCUGCUUUCCUUGGCGGAGGCAUCGACUCGCUCCAAGAUCUGGACAACCAAGGCUGGGUUGCUGGAACCAGCGCCAACGUUUUCGUUGCCGAUCACGACACUGAACGCUCUGGAGCCUCUCUGAACUACUCUUCGCCGUCCAAUGCUUACGUCCUUGCCCACAUUUUCUCCUUGGCCCAUCCGUACGGGACACCUACCGUUCUUUCUAGCUUCGAGAUUACCGACUUUGACCAGGGUGCUCCAGAUAAUGGCACUGGCACUUGCACUGCCAGCGGUGGACAAGACGGCUGGCUCUGCCAGCACCGCUGGCCGGCCAUCGCGGGCAUGGUUGGCUUCCGAGCCUCUGCUGGCUCGGCAAACUUGACCGAUUGGUCUUCGCCUUCCUCGAGCCAGAUUGCAUUCGGACGAGGCUCGAACGCUUUUGUCGCCAUCAACAACGAGGACUCUGACUGGUCGACCACGUUCCAGACGUCUCUCGCUGCGGGCAGCUACUGCGAGGUGACGUCCGGACCGCCUUCGUCCAAUGGAUCAUGUGCUGGCGCUGCAUUCACGGUUGGAUCUGACGGGACCUUCACCGGCACCAUUUCGUCGCGGGCGGCUAUCGCUCUUCACACUGGCGCGAUGGGCACCGGUAACUCGACUGGUUCCUCUGAUGCGGAGAUCAACUUCGCAGAGACAGCCACGACGACUUAUGGAGAGAACAUAUUUGUUGUAGGAAGCAUCGCAGAACUCGGGUCGUGGGAUCCCAGUAAUUCCAUCGCGCUUUCGGCGGACGACUACCCAGUCUGGAAGGCAACUGUGAGCGUCCCGGCGGGGACAUCCUUUGAGUACAAGUACAUCCGCAAGGAGACUAACGGAACAAUCGAGUGGGAGUCUGAUCCGAACCGUAGUGACACGGCGCCGUCGAGCGGCUCGCAGACCCUCGAUGAUACCUGGAGGUGAACUCACCAGUGACUUUUAUCGUUUCCGUCUCUUCUUGGGUUUAUGGGUUGUACUUGUAUUCAAAGGGUAGGUUGGUUGUGCGUCAGACAUGAUGUAAGUAUGAUACUGGCGCGGUAUGUGUAGCUACAUAGGGUCAACCUGCUACGGAUUGCCUUUGGAAUGGAAAUAAAGUUUUGAGGA